CACCCUCAUCCAAUGUUUGUUAAAUAUUCGUAAAUAAGGUUCGAUAGAAGGGUAUUUUGGGAAACCGCAUUCAAACAACACUAUCCAUAUUCGCUCAGACAGUGAGCAUUCUUCAAUCCACCACAAUGGCCACAACUCCUUCUUCGCUUCUACACUCAUCUGGCUCCUCUUUUCUUUCUCAAUUUCGAACUUUUCCACCCCAAUUUUCUUCUUCUACUUCAUUUUUCCCUCACAGGUAUGGAACUGCAGUGGUGUCGGUGAAAGCCGCGGAUUCCGGGGCUGUAUUGGUUGAGAAGUCUGAAGCAGAAAAUGUUCAUAGACUCAAAUCAACUUACAAUGAGAAAAUUGUUCCUUUGCUCAUGGAAGAGUUCUCUUACAUCAACAUUCAUCAGGUGCCUAAAGUUAAGAAGAUAGUGGUAAAUUGUGGUAUUGGAGAUGCUGCACAAAAUGCAAAAGGUUUGGAUGCAGCAAUUAAUGAUCUAGCACUGAUCACUGGGCAGAGACCUGUUAAGACUCGGGCGAGGAAUUCCGUUGCAACCUUCAAGAUCAGGGAAGGUCAACCACUUGGGAUUGCUGUCACACUCAGAGGAAAUAUGAUGUACUCAUUCUUAGACCGCGUUGUGAACUUAGGACUUCCUAGGACAAGAGAUUUUCAAGGUGUGAGAAUCAACAGCUUUGAUGGAAAUGGGAAUUUCAACAUUGGUGUUAAGGACCAGACUGUGUUCCCAGAGCUAAGAUCUGCUAUUGGUACACCUAGGGGAAUGGAUAUCUGCAUCUCAACAACCGCGAAAACCGACCAAGAAGGACAGAGAUUAUUGGCUCUCAUGGGUAUGCCCUUCAGAGAGGGAGUUGAAGCUACCUCAGCAAUUCGCAAAAAGAAGUUGAAGUCUCAUCAUUUUGAUCCAAAAUCAAAGGGAAGAGCAAGGAAGUAAAAUAAUUUUUAUGCAAAAUCUGAGGGAUGAUUAAUGAACUAAGGUUGUAACUAUAAGAGACAUUAUGUUUACUCCUUGUUUCAUUCAAAUGUAAUGUUAUUAAUUCUUUUUGUAAGAGAUAUUACAAGGUUGUAUUAUGGUCAUGCAGAUCGUGCUUGCUUACUGAUUUGCAUUUAUUGCCAGAUUA